AUGGCAGAAAGAUGGGCGCUGAUCACGGGCGUGUCAAAAGGUGGUCUAGGCGACGCCCUCCUCCACGAACUACUAUCUCGCAACAUCAACGUGAUCGCCACAGGCCCUACCCUAGCCCAGCUCGACUACCUCAAACCCAAAGCCAAUAAUACAGCCAAACUCGAGAAGCUCGAACUCGACGUAACAUCCCCCACCUCCAUCACCGCCGCCGCAACCGCCGUCCGCCACCUCACCAACUCACGCCUCAACUACCUCAUCAACAACGCCGGAUACGGCUACAUGCACCCCCUCCUCGACGCCUCGAUCCUCGAAAUCAGGCACAACUUCGACGUCAACGUCUUCGGCCUGCUCGCCGUGACGCAGGCUUUCUUCCCUAUGCUCCGCGUGGCGAAGGGGGUGGUGGUGAAUCAGGCGAGUAUUGCGGGGUUGCCGGGGAUCUGCCAGCCGUUUAUUGGGAGUUAUUCGGCGAGUAAAGCAGCGGUGGUGGGUUUGAAUAAUACGCUCAGGGUUGAGUUGGUGCCGUUUGGGGUUAGAGUAGUGACGCUCGUGACUGGCGAUGUCAACACGCAGUUCUGGGGACACGUCGAAGGAGGGAGUGCUGGCAUUCCGGAAUCGUCGUCGUACCAGCCGAUCAAGGACCACGUGAAUGCGAUGCUGCGGGGCACCACCAAGCCUGGCGGUGCUCGCUCGCCUGCCGAGUGGGCCAAAGGUGUUGCGAAGGAUCUGUUGGUGUCGAACCCGCCUUCGCACAUCUACCGUGGCUUUCUGGCGACCACAAUGUGGUGGGUGAGCUGGCUGAUGCCGAUCUGGCUGCUUGACUGGCUGUUCGCUCGGGAGACGCAGAUCACGAAGCUGAAGUCGAUCUUGGAAGCCGAGGAGCAAGGAGGCAAGAAGCAACAAUAG